GCCAACAUCGCUCCUGGACAUUUCACCAGACCUCUGUAUUAUUCAACAACAAUACGCAACAAUGGAAACUUGUCCUUUCUGCAAUAAGCCAAAGCAGGGGAAAUUGCACUUGUGCGAAGUAAGGUGCAUAGAAUGUCGUAUUUCAUAUACAGCCAACUCGCGUCGUGAGUGUGUGUUAUGCUGUCCCCAGUGCGUUAAUAUCCCUCGUGGACAUUAUGAUGCAGUCUGCACCUCGUGCUCCAAAAUCUUCUGCACCAGUCGUCGCGACCCCGAAACCUGUCCAUUUUGCAUGAACCUGGAUGUUGAUGACGAUACAGAGUCUGACACCAGAUACGAUUCUGAAACCUCAGAAGCUUCAUCACCUCAGAGCGAAAGAUCAUCUGUUGAACAGUUGGAUGAGGAAUAUCCUCGUGGAGGAGGGAAUGAGGCUGGAGAACCUAGCACUAGUCAAGCUCGUACACCGCCAUUAGAAGAUAGUAACAAUAGCAGGCCAAGUCUAGAUCGUAGCCAUCUAGAGGAUGAGGACUCCCUGCAUUUGGUUUGGGAAGCUGAUUCAGAUGUGGAAGCCAGCCAGCCUAUCGCCAAUUCUCCGUAG